GCUCAGAGGCACUCUUCCCUCCCACUACCGCUCAGCUUCGGCAAACCGGCUUACGAAAGGGCCAGGAGGAGAGCUUCCUCUGCGUCCGGCGUCUUCCUACAGCGGCUAGUGGUUAAUUCAGGAGGGGGAGGCUCCUCCCGACUCUCCCCCCCCCCCUCUCCUUUCCUGCUGCCGGGCUGCUCACGUGAGGCGGAGCCCAGCUGGUACCUGGGUGAGAAGGAGAGGCCGCCCCGCCCGACGCUGUCGCUGUGCUUGCCAUCCCUUGGAAGAAGAGGAGGCGGGCCCGGGGRGAGAGAGGGACCCCAGAAGAGCAGCCCAGGAAACAGCCCGCAAGGAUGGCUCUGCCACCCCCAAGUUACUCUUUUGUUGCAUUUCCACCACAUACAAAAGAUGGCCUUGUAAUAGUGGGGAAAAAUUCUGCACGGCCUCGAGAUGAGGUACAGGAAGUCGUCUACUUUGCUGCUGCUACCCAUGAUCCAGGAUGCAAAGUUGAGUGCACAUACAUAGAAAUUGACCAGGUGACCAGAACAAAUGCCAUUGUGUUGAGUAGACCGUCCUGGCUUUGGGGGACAGAAAUGGGAGCCAACGAGCAUGGAGUAUUCAUUGCCAAUGAAGCCAUUGUCACUAAAGAGCCAGCCUUGGAAACAGAAGCUCUCCUAGGAAUGGACCUUGUCAGGCUGGGUCUAGAAAGAGGUGCAACUGCGAAAGAAGCCUUGGAUGUAAUUGUGUCCCUAUUGGAAGAGCAUGGGCAAGGUGGAAAUUAUUAUGAAGAUGGGAAUUCAUGUCAUGCCUUCCAAAGUGCUUAUCUGAUCGUGGAUAGGAAAGAAUCUUGGGUGCUGGAAACUAUUGGGAAAUACUGGGCAGCAGAAAAAAUUACAGAGGGAGUUAAGUGCAUUUGCAACCAGAUUUCCUUAACCACAAAAAUUGAUGCAGAGCAUCCUGAGCUUAGGAAUUAUGCAGAAAGUCAAGGAUGGUGGACCACAGAUACAGAGUUCAACUUUGCUCAGAUUUUUUCUCCAUCUGAUAAGCAUGAAAACUGUUGUUUGGGAAAGAAGAGCUUAGAAAAGCAGGAAGGCAGCAUCACUGUGCAAACAAUUAUUGAUGUCUUGCGUGAUACGUCUGGUGGUAUAUGUGUGGAUUCAGAAUAUUUUCUUACUACAGCAAGCAUGGUAUCCGUAUUACCUCAGAAUCUUAGUUCCCCAUGCAUCCAUUAUUUCACAGGCACACCGGACCCAUCAAGAUCCAUAUUUAAGCCUUUCAUCUUUGUUGACAAUGUGAAAUUUGUACCAAAAAUUCAGUCACCUAGUUUGGGUUGUAGUGAUCCCGCUAAAAAUGUUCCCCGGUUCCAGGAAAAACCAGACCGGAGACAUGAACUGUACAAAGCACAUGAAUGGGCCCGAUCAAUCAUGGAGAAUGAUGAGGAUAAAGGUGAGGAGUUAAGAACAACCAUGUUGAACCUCGAAAGACAAGGACUGGAAGCAAUGGAAAGCCUCAUAAACAGCUCAGAGAGUCUUGAUGCUUCUGAAGUUGAGGACCUUUUCUAUGACUGUGUUGACACAGAAAUUAAGUUCUUCAAGUGAAUGAUUAUAGACACUGUUAACCUUUGCAUAGAAGACCAUGACGUCCUUCAGGCCUUGAAAGAUAAUCUUGCCAUAUUGCCGACUAUGGGAGGAAAUCGUCAUCUUUCUAGAGAGAUGUUCCUCAGUAGCUGUAUCUGGUUAACACAUUCUUUUCCCCCAUCAUGUGUUGUCCUGUGUGUGUUGUCACAAGAGAGCAUUCAGUGAAUGGUUCAGUACUGUAUGCAUGCUGGCUAAUGUAAUGAAGAAUGCUUUGACUCAUUUGGUCAAGAGAAUUUAAAGCAACAAAGAAGCAGAGUGUGAUAUUACAUUUCAAAUUAGGCAAUUCUUCAAGAGAAUUUCUUCUCCAAUGUUUAUUAAAACUGAGCUUGAAAAGAGAAAAGAAAAAAAAUGUACCAGAUGCAUGAAUGUCCACAAAGAAGUGCCGAGUUUUAAAACAGUCCCUUCCUUAUGGUGUAACUUUUAGCAACGGAAUAGCGCCUUAACUUGUUCUAAUUUUAGGCUUACUGAGCUUUGUACAUCUUGAAAAACUAGCAGUUGUCUCACAUGCUUCUCCCGCUCCCACUCCUUUCCAUACAUCAAGCUGUGCAGGUUAUGUUUAUAUAAUCCAUGUUUCCUAAGUGUAUUUUUUGAAAAGCAAAACUAUAACGACUAUAAUUUUUCCCAAGUACUUUGAGAGGGAAAGCGAAAGGAAGGAAAAAUCAAGAAUGAGAUUUUGAAUGCAGGAUCUGUACUGCUGAAGAAAAGCAACAAGCUAGAAAUGAUUGGAAUUUGUGCUGCUUGUUUACACUUUAGAAAAUGCUGAAAUGACACAACACGUUGAAGUAAUGUAAUUUGCAUCUAUGCUAUUUCCACAAACAUUAAUAAAAGACUUUUGGCCACA